UAGGGCCGACAGGGGACAGACGAUAAUGUCUCCCGAGGGUGCAACAUAAGCGAAUGUGCCAGAAUCUGAAGAAAACCUUAAGAUCGGUCCGUAGCCCUUCUGGCUCAAGCCGCCUUCGCUCGGGCCACUGUGUGGUGCCAGGGCGCCGCGGGCCGCGAGAGCCCGGGCCGCCCGGCUCUGUCUUUUUUUUUCGCUGCGGCGGGCGGGCGGCGCGCGGCCUCUCCGCGAACGGCGGGCGCAUCGCGGGCGGGGCAUGGCGCGGCGCCUUCGGGGAGUGCCCGCAGUUGGCCUCGGCCUGCUGCCGGCCCUGCUCCGCGCGGCGGGCGGCGCAGCGGCGUCCGAGGGUGCGGGCCCCGAUGCGUCAACUCAUGCAGCGCCACCGCUACGGCGUCACCUGGGAGACGAGAGGAUGUGCGUGGAAGGCCGGCCAGAUUUGUGCCGAGACCGUCUCCGAGAUUGCUCGAUUUCGAGUCCUUUCGAAGCUUGUUUUUGUGAGGACGGUUACGGUGCCCAGGACAUCAAAUGCGUUACGGACAGCUUCGGGUACAGUUGUAAAUUUACUUGUUGCCUUGCUCAGGUCGGCUUCGAGUGUGGACCCUUCUCUCGGGAGAAUUUGCACCUCCUUGCAAUCAUUGGUCUCUCGGGCCUUGCCCUUGGCACUGGCGGGGUCUUACUGACCACACUGUGGGCUGUUUCUGGUCGGAGAUCAAGGACUGUAUGGUUCAGCACAGACGACCGUGCUGUUGAAUCAGCGUCCGUAGUGCGAGACGGCGCCAGCUUGCACCGCGAAGUGCCAAUGGAGCGGUGGUGCGUGACCAAGGCGGAUCUGAAGCAGCUUAGGCGACUCGUUUGGCAUGCAGUUCAAGAGCAUCGGAUCGUACCCACAGAGCAUGACCCCUUCGACGCAAGCGACGACAGGAUCGGCCCGUCCGUCUACACUGUCAACGACCAGUACAUAAAGCCCGUUACGCUUGCAGCGGGCAAAGCAAGUUGGGCUUUGAUGAGACAUCCUGAGGGUCUACCAUGCCAUCUUUUUGUCACACAUGGGUGGGAAGAGGGUGUGUUCGAGUUGUGUGACAAAGUAUUGCGGUCUUGGCCUAUGGGGCUCAAGCACGCGUAUGUAUGCGUGCUGUCGAACCCACAGAACCUGGACAUAUCUGCUCUCAUCUCUACCCCCAUGGAGUCCCCCUUUGCCAAAGCCUUGGCGUCCGCGACGCACAUGUUGGCGGUCCCGAAUCGGGUCAACAGCAUAUAUUCGAGGAUCUGGUGUGCUUACGAGGCCUUCCUGGCAUACACGUGGCGCAAAAACAUUAGCACUGCCCGGUCCGAAGUGCCAGGCUUCUGGCCCCGCAUUGUGAGGAUGGUUUUCCUAUCUCUAUCAGGGGCAGGCGCAAUGUGCACCAUCUUCGCUCAUUUCAGAGUUUUGACGGCGGCAUAUCCUGCAGAUGUGUUUGUGUUGGCGCCCCAAGCAGUGGUUGGUUCUCUGACGUUUGCAUACGUGGUCCUUCGGAAGCGCUCCGCCGACUCACUCUCUCUUCGCAUUGUCCUCCGAAUGCUUGGAUUCGCUUGUGGUGCCGUGGGCGCAAACAACGUCGUGAAUCGCCCCCACCAUCUGACAUCUUGGUUGUUCUUCGUUGCAGUGACCCAGUUUCCGACCGCGCUCGAGGCCGACAGGCUGUGGGCAUCAGGAGCGGCCGUCACAGCUUGGCAAUUGCAGAACGGUUUUACGGGCCACCUCCGAGACGCCAGGUGUUCGGUCCGUGCAGAUGGGGAACGCAUCCGGGAAGAGCUCGCAUCAAGCUAUGUUGGGGACGGUGCGAGCAGUACUGGCUAUAUGCAUCUCGUUGACAAGAACGUGGCAGACAUAAUACGCAUGGGCAUGGUGUCGGCACAUCUGCGCCAAGCCGAAGAAUUAGCCGGGCCUCUGGGCGACGUGAGCAUUUGGGGCGUGGGCCCCACAUCAAUCGGGUUGAUAUAUUUGGCAAUGACAGCUCAACAAAUCGAAGGUGGGUGGUGCGGCGGCCAUACUUCUUGGGAGAUCUGGCUCAUACUCUUGCAAGGCCUAUGCUGGACAAUCAUCUUGGCGCGCUCGCCACAAGAUCGCGUAGCCUUCGCGACAGGAGCACUCACGUUUCUCGUCCCGAUGAUAGCCAUGGGGAUUGUUGAAUACGGGCUGACCAAUAAUUUCUGCGCCACCAACUACUUCACAUCUGUGUCCGUUGGCCCUUUGAUUAUCAUGCUGUCCGCUGCUGGGCCGGGGCGCGUUGCGCGGGUGCCCGUGUUUGGGCCUCUUCUGGUGCGCGCGACCUUUGGGUUCCACUUGUGCGGCCAGCGGCAUGGGGACUUGAAGGACGCCACUUCGUAAUAAUAGUAUCUUACGCGGCGAGGUGGCUACGUCGCGGAGUGAAAAGGUGAAGCCAACUCCAACUUCGGCAUCUGGAGUAUGAUCGUUCAGUCCUUCUCCUGGCGUGCCUCAGGCGCUGCCUGGCCCGUCAGUGCAGCGAGCGUGCAGUAGGAUGUUGCGUGACCCCGCUCGGAGGCAGCCUCGACUGCGGGCCUGAAAGAAGGUUCGCCGAGGCGACAGCGGUUCGAGUAAUUCGGUUCGAGUAAUUGUUUAUUUUGCGUCAGAGCUGCUCAUUCAGAACAGUUUUUUGUGUUUUGUGCUGAGCCAUGUUUUUUCGUGCCUCGCAACUGGGCCCGCGCCAGGGUCGCAACGGAGGAGCGUCGUGAAUUGGGCAGCCAAUGCGUCGUCGUUGCCCGAAUGUGGCCACUUGUCCCAUCCUGCGUGGAAACACAGCUCGCAGGGUCUGUCACCAAGCGAAAGACGAACAUCCACUGCCUUGCCACGCCCACCAAUGAUGUCGCGGCACGGAGGGGCACUUGGUGCACCGCUUGGAACAGCACCAGCCACCGUACGUUUUAAUGGCACCCUUUGCCUCGACUCGUUUCGCUCGUGUGAUACGAUGUCGUCUCAAUCCGCUAGCGCCGCUGAUUAGGCACUGCUGGCACCGCUGAUCAGAAUGCCCUGUUGUACUCUGCGCCCCUCCCUCUCCCUUCAGUUACCCUUCCCUCUGCGCUCUCUGCCCUCCCCAGGAAGAGCGGACAGCAUUUGGGAUGCAGCACGCGCGGCACUGGCCGGCCCGAUCCCGCAUCCACCAGCCUGCGCAGAGGGCCUGCGUGCCACAGGCGCGCCCGCCCUUCCUGCAUGGACGAUGGACUUUUGCCUGUUCGCUCUGCGCCCUCCCCGCCACCUGCUCCUCCACGUGCGGCCGCUCCUGCCCUCCUCCUCGGCCUCCCCUUGCGCAGCGAGCGCCGGACAGCUGCACCUGCCCUUGCCGCAGCAGGCCCGCGCUGGCGCGGACAGCACGGCCGCGCGGUGGGCCGCGCUGUCCGCCUCUCGGCAUCCUCGGCCUGGCCUGGCGUGCUCGGCUCGCUGGCCGGGCCUUCCACCGUCGAAUCGUUGGGCCGAUGACGUCGACGCCGCCGUGGGCCGCCGCCGCGGAUGGGCGGGGGUGCCACGUGGGGCUGGGACAGGGACAGAUCGAUCCAGCUCGUCCUGGAAUGCUGUCAGAGCGUUCUGGACCGUGCUGAUCAGGCCGCAGGUCCCGAUACAUCUUCCAGAGCCGCUGGCACUCUGAGGUCCCGAAUCUGUCCCUGCCGAUUUUGUCUCUGUCCCGGCUUCGUCUUGGGGUGAUCCUGGCUUCCGUGCCGCUGUUUUCGUUGCAUCGAGUCUCUGCGCCGACUUCACAGAGCCAGCCGCAAUGUCGACGUGAAC